AUGGGAAGAGCGGGGAAAGGGAGGCUGAUGGGCGUAUGGAGGAGAGGGGAAAGGGGGAAGAAGGGUGUAAGCAGGGGGGAGAAGGAGGGGAAGCAAGGGGGAGAAGGAGGGGAAGCAGGGGGGAGAAGGAGGGGAAGCAGGGGGGAGGAGGAGGGGAAGCAGUGGGGAGAAGGAGGGGAAGCAAUGGGGAAUGGGGGAGCAGGGGAUGGGGGAGCAGGGGAUGGGGGAGCAGGGGAUGGGGGAGCAGGGGAUGGGGGAGCAGGGGAUGAGGGAACGGGGAAUGGGAGGACGGGGAAUUGGGGGACCGGGAACGGGGGAGCGGAGAAUGUGGGAACAGGGGAUGGGGGAGCAGGGAAUGGGGGGACAAGGAUUGGGGGGACUGGGGGAGCAGGGAAUGGGAGAGCAGGGAAUGAGGGAACGGGGAAUGGGGGGACGGGGAAUGGGGGAGCGGGGAAUGGGGGAAAAGUGAAUGGGGGAGCAGGGUAUGGGGGAACAGGGAAUGGGGGAGCAGGGAAUGGGGGAGCAGGGAAUGGGGGAGCAGGGAAUGGGGGAGCGGGGAAUGGGGGAGCAGGGAAUGGGGGAGCAGGGAAUGGGGGAGCAGGAAAUGGGGGAGCAGGAAAUGCUCGAACGGGGAAGGGGGGAACCGGUAAUGGGCCGCGCGUGCUGCCCGUCAGACAGUGA